AUGCGACUACUCAUCCGCCGAACCGGUAUAACACGGCCCCACAGCGUGCAAGCGCGCCGAUCCACAUGGAUUCGGCUUCUCUCGACCGAGAUAUUGCAUGCAGAACUGCUUCCCGACCGCCAGUCGCCCCACUACGUCCAGGAGUCGACCUCUCUGUCAUCUCUGGUGUGGGACAAGCCUCUGGAAAACGUUCUGAUCGUCAAAAAACCCUGGGACCACAAUGUGCGCGAGUCGCUCAUCCAGAUGGCAUCUCACAUCCAGCGCCGGUACCCCCGAGUCAACAUUCUGGUGGAGGAACAUGUGGCCGACGAGGUCCAGAAGCAGAUUGGAGCCGCAGGCGUGACCGCCAUCCACACGGGGCCAGGAGAGGUGCUGAGAAACAAGACGGAUCUGCUCGUGACUCUGGGAGGCGACGGAACUAUUCUACAUGCCACCUCCAUGUUUGCUUCCGGAGAAGUGCCGCCGGUGCUGUCCUUUUCGCUGGGGACUCUGGGUUUCCUGCUGCCGUUUGAUUUCAAGGACUUCAAAACUGCAUUCGACAUGGUGUACUCGUCGCAGGCCUCGGUGGUCAACCGCGCCCGCCUAGCAUGUCAGAAAAUGUCCAUUCGCAAGGAAAUCACCCACUUGCCCUCCCAAUCGCACAUUGAACACAACUCAACCCAUGUCUACGGCAAUCCCGACGACUACAAUCUUAGCCCACUAACCUACGCCAUGAACGACAUCAACAUCCACCGUGGAGCUGAGCCGCAUCUCACCAAGCUCGACAUCCACGUUGACGGCGAGUUCAUCACCCGAGCCAUUGCUGACGGUGUCACCAUCGCCACACCCACGGGCUCCACGGCCUACUCGCUGUCGUCUGGCGGCUCCAUUGUGCAUCCCCGAGUCGCCUGCAUUCUGCUGACCCCCAUCUGUCCGCGAUCGCUGUCAUUCCGGCCUCUCAUUUUCCCAGCCACCUCCAAAAUAUGCAUCACCGCCUCGUCCGAAUCUCGAGGUAGAGGCGCCGAGCUGUCUGUCGACGGAAUCGCCAAGGGUCUGGUUCGACCCAGCGACAAGAUUCUGGUCGAAAGCGAAACCGGCCACAACUCGGGCAUCUGGUGCGUGGCCAAGACAGACAGAGACUGGGUCAGUGGCCUCAACGGGUUACUGGGCUUCAAUAGCAGUUUUGGCAAGGGCGGGGAGGCGUCAGGCGAUGUUGCUUAG